AUGGCUGAGGUGUUAUACGUCAAUGAUGCCUCUGCCGUAACUCCACAUACAGUUUUGAAUACGAACCUGGCCGAGUCAUUUGGGUCGUUCAAAAGCUUAGUAGCAUAUUUGUUCAAGAAAGGGAACUUGGAGGUCGAUUCAAAUCGUGCAACUGUGGUUGUCUUGAACAAGAUCUCCCGAAAAGUGAGUGGAAGCAGAGCUGUCGGAUUAGAUGCUCUACCAUAUGAGGAUAAAGCCUUGUUGAUCGAGUACUUUUUUGAUCAUUGUAAUCCUAUUGUCGUAGAAAGUGAAAAAUUGCAUGAUCAUCAAGCUGUUCAACACUUGAAUAUUGCUAUCGACAGUGUAAAUGAGUUAAUAAAUGACAGGAUAUCUAGAGUAGCGGUAUGGUGUGGUGUGGGAUCGCAUGGAGUUGAUGACGUUUAUACAAGGGAGAAUGGAACUAGCUCAGUCCCCCACGAUGUCAUUGCGACGAUGUCUUCAACGUUAAGUUCCACCGCGAAUAAAUCAAGUGAGACUAUGAAUCGCCUCAUCAGGAUUAAGAGUCUUAUUUGUAAGGAAAUAGAUUUUAUAUCGUUGUUGUCAGACAGUUCUCCACGUCACUUAUCGAAGCUCUGUCAUUUAAUCGGACACUGGUCUUUUCCUGCUCCUGAGUUAUCUAACGACGACUUAGUUUAUUGUGCCUACUUAAUCAUUACUUAUGCAUUAAAUCUGCUUCGUGAAGUGACAUUUAAUAUUCCUACAGCUAAUGAAUUUCUUUGUCUCAUUUUCAUGGUUAGAGAUACCUAUAGAAAUGGCAAUCCUUUCCAUAACUUUCGUCAUGCUGUCGAUGUUCUACAAGCCUGUUUCCAUUUUUCAAUCAGAUUGCAUUGUUUACCUUCGUUCAAGCAACUUGAGGUCGACUCAAAAGCUGACGAGACCGUUUACUUGUCAGGUCUCAAAAGACCCGAAAGAUCUACCAUCUUGGCCCCGUUACAACAGAAAGAAGAUGUUUCUCCUCCUUUAACUCCAUUGGAAACAUUAGGGUUAUUGGUCGCUGCCUUGGGCCAUGAUCUGGGCCAUCCGGGUGUUACUAAUGCCUUCUUGAUCAAGUAUUCAUCUCCAUGUUCUUUAAUAUUUAAUGAAAGGUCAAUUUUAGAGCUGUUUCAUGCGUCUGUUUUUGUUAAUAAAGUUCUAAAGAUAAACUGGCCCUCCUUCUUGAAUGCAACCGUUGACGAGGCCGAUAAAUUGAACAUCGGCACUUUGAUCACUUCUUCCAUCCUUGCCACGGAUAUGGCAGAGCAUUUCGAAUACAUUGAAAGAUUGACCUCGUUCAAAUAUAAAAGAAUAUCUAAAGAACCUCUGAAUGUGAGAUUAAUAUCAUCAUUGCUAAUAAAAUGCGCAGAUAUCUCGAACGUUACCAGACCUUUGAGAGUAUCCUCACAAUGGUCUAUGCUAUUGUCGAGAGAGUUUGACGAAAUAAAUGUGUUGGAAAGAGUUUUGUCAAAUCAACAAGUUUCAAAGUCUGAACUUGAAAUCAACUACGAGUCUGUUCCCGAAACAGUAGAUGAGAUUAUUAGAGCCAGUCCGGGUAUAGCAAAUGGUCAGUUGUUUUUCAUAAAGACAUUCGCUGUUAGCUUAUUCAGCAACAUAUCCGAAUUACUACCAGACCUAACAUUCACCUACGACAUAGUAAAAGAGAAUCGAAGUAUUUGGACACGAUUUAUGAAAUAA